AGGGUGGGGUGGGGGUCCGUUGCUGAUGCUGGGCAGAUUGCGUUUAUCUCCGCAUCUCAGCUCCGUUACCCUUAAUGCUGCCACGGAUGGCUGCGCGUCGCAGUUCGACGUGAGAUUUUAUUGAGGGCUUCAUCUGAUUUCAAAAAAGCUAACAAACAUGACAGAUUGUACGACUUCUGAUCUAUGCCCUGUUCCCAAUCCGACUAUUGUGGACCCGUCGGCUGUGCGAAACGGACAAUGCGCUGCUGCCCAGGACCCAAACCUACCCAAAAGAGGGAGCCAGGGCGAUCCUUUCAAUGUGGACCGGGACCAGGAGAUGAAAAUCACAGAUAGCGUUGAGGGACAAGGUCUCUUGGAGAGCAGCAUGCGCCUAAAGCCCCAUGAAGCUCAGAGUUACAGGAAGAAAGCUCUGUGGGUGUCCUGGAUCUCCAUUGUGGUGACGCUCAUCCUGGCUGUGGCCGCUUUCACUGUAUCCUUCAUGAGACACAGCGCAUCAGCUUUUGGAUUUGCUUUUGAUGCGACGUUAGAUGUUCUUUCCUCCAUUAUAGUGCUGUGGCGCUAUAGCAACGCUGCAGCAGUGCACUCUGCCCAUAGAGAAUACAUAGCAUGUGUGAUCCUGGGAGUAAUUUUCAUCUUGUCGUCUAUGUGUAUUUUGGGGAAGGCCAUCCAUGAUCUGGCCACCAAACUUCUUCCUGAAGUGGAUGACUUCCUGUUCAGCGUUUCCAUCGUCAGUGGCUUCAUGUGUGCCAUUCUUGCUGUUGCCAAGUUCAUGCUGGGAAGGGUUUUGACCAGCAGAGCCCUAAUCACUGAUGGCUUCAAUUCCAUGGUUGGAGGUGUCAUGGGGUUUUCCAUCCUCAUUAGUGCUGAGGUGUUUAGGCAUUAUCCCAACAUUUGGUACCUUGAUGGGACCAUUGGGGUCCUGAUUGGACUCGUCAUUCUAGCUUAUGGAGUCAAGCUGUUGAUUGACAUGGUACCACGAGUAAGACAAACUCGAAACUAUGAGCGCUUUGAGUAAAGCUGGUUCAGAGAGUAAAAGGCAUUGUAUGGAUCCAUCCAUUCCUCUCUGCUCCUGCUGCUCUCUCAACACACAUAAUACCCAAAUACAUCAAGGAAUAAAGUCUGCUGGCAGCCAUUUCAGCAUCACACACUUGUAGAGCCAUCACUCCGACCAGCUCCAGAUGUCCUCUUUUGCUCAGCAAAACAUUUAAGACGGAAAGAGAAAAGACAACAAGCUGAUCAAUGUGCACUCCAGGCACACCAAGGCACAUCAUCAAUUGGUUUUAAAUAUAGCCUGUAAAAAAAAAAAAAAAAAAGGAUACCGUGUCUCCACUUCCUUCCACAGUAGAAAAAUGAAGCCGAAAUAUCCCAGUAAUGGUCGUUGCUGAUUACGUUGUUUGGUGCCCAAAUCUGCACAGGGUCUAGUGAUCCUGAGGUGGAGCUGUGGCAUCAAGGUCUCGCCAACACUCCCAUGGUUAACUCAAAUCAAACUUAUGUGAAAACAAACACUUGAACAUACAUCUGCGUGAUGACAACUUUCUAAAAUGACAGAGACCAUCUUAGGAAAAAAACAUAAUUGAAAUGUAAUUGGAUUUUUUACUUUGGUUUGCGUCCCAUUAGAUUAGAUUAAGACAUAUACUGCAGCGAUCAAAAUCCUUUGGCUUCACUUUUCAGGACUUGUGUGGCGAGCGGCACGCUUGGUUUUAAACAGAGACCAGCAUUUAUAAUAUCAUCAUGCUGUGGUCACAUCCAUGAAAUUCUUUUAUGUCACAUUUUAUGUUCCUUGUUUCUUUCUAUAACCAUUUGUUUUUAAAUUAUGAAAGAAAAAUAUUGAUUUACACUAGAAAUUAAAUGCAAUUUAAUCAUCCCACCUGUUACCACAAAACUAUUUAAGUAUAGGCCACACUUUGUUAGGUGUGUUUAUAUUUUACUGUUGACUACUAUAAAUAACCUCUCAGGCUAGUAUUUCCCAGCCACAUUUCCAGUGUAGAGGUAAAACACACUUCAGUGAAGAAAGCACACAGGAAUUUCUGGAGGUCGGCACAAAUAUUCUGUAGGCUAAAGACGUCUCAGAACCACAGUUCAGGGUCAGCAAGAUAAUUAUAUGAAAUAUUGAUAUUGGAAAAAAUAUCUUCAUUGUUAACAGGAAAACUCCACAAUGCAUUAGUGAUCUGUCACAGACAUUGACUCCUACUGAGUCAACUGUCAAAUUGACUAACCACCACAAACCCCCUCAAAAUGAGAAGUGUAAAGGUUUUUAAAAGGUUGUAGCAGCUUUGACCGUUGAACCAUUUAUACCACCAAAAACAAUAAAAAGACAAACUAAAUUACAGAAAUAUUCCUAAAUCUAUUUACUUGUCUUACUGUAACAUUUUCGCUUGAUAUUGCGUGCUUUGCAAUUCAACGUAAAAAAUUCAAUGCUUCGUUCAUGUAUUUAGCAACACUUGUCUUAUAAUUAAAUCAAUUAAUCUGAUGUUUAACCCGUGAUUUUCUUAGCUUGCACUGCUGAGUGUGUCUGUUUGCCACUUGCAAUAGAAUUCAUCAGAUAUUCGUUUCGUGCCAAGACAGAAUGAGAUUAGAAUGGCCUGAAGUAUCGUCUGAUGUAGAAAUGAUUGAUUUGGACUCUGGCAGACAGAAUGAAUGAUUGUUGAAUUAUGGAGGGUUUGUGAGGGAGGGCUUAUUCUGCAAUGGAGAGCAAAUCAUUGGAAAAACAAAGCACAUUUUAGUUUCUUAUGCACUGUUUGACAAUACUAUUGUAUAAUAUAAUGGGUUUUUACCUUUCAUUUAUUUCUUCUCCACAGAGACUGAAGCAUAAAUACAAAUGUUUGUCCUUUGUGACCUACUAAAAGUAUGGGCGUAACAAUUUUAAAAACUUUUAUAAUGUUACAAAAAAAAAUCUGUUUCAAAUAAAUACAGUUCUUUUGAACUUUUUACUCAUCAAAGAAUUCUGGGAAAAACAGCAUACCGUAACUGUUUACAACAUUGAUAAGAAAUAUUUCUUGAGCAGCAAAUCAGCAUUAGAAUGAUUUCUGAAGGAUCAUGUCACUCUAAAGGCUGGAGUAAUGAUCACACGUAAUAUUGAUAUUAUAAAACGUAUUUAAAUAUAUAAAAAACGUAUUUUAACUUGCAAUAAAAUUUCACAACAUUACUGUUUUUAUUGUAUUUUGAUCAAACAACUGCAUAAGAGACUUCUUUCAAAAACAUAAAAAUGUUCUGUCAACCCACAAAUAUUUGAAUGUUAGUGUAUUUUUAAAUCUUUGAAUUUAUUCAUUAAAAUGCCCUCUAAUUUGAAUUAACAUAUUUUUUUUUUCAUUCACACAUUUACAUGACCUGCUUGCUAAGCACAUAAAUUAUGUUUUUUUUUAAAUCUAAUGUUACAAUGCAGUUUGUCACUGACCAUCCCAAGUACAUUAACUCAAAUUCAUGUUACAGACUGACAAAGUAUUUAAAAGAGCUUAUGUGUUUUUACUGUUUUUGACACACAGGGUUCCUAUCUUUUACUAUGAGAAUCAGCAGUUUUUUGCUUUUAACAUUUUUUUUUUUGUCUCAUAUAGUUGGGAUGUAAAUGUAACUGAAUGUAAUUGACUGAUCGGUUGGUUCAGUUCACAGCUCACCCACUGCAGACCUACUAAUGUAUCGUACCAAUAUUACCAGACAAUCAUGAGUCAACAAAUAACUGAAGCACAGACUCCAAAAGCCUUUUGUGUACUGCUCAAUGUGAUCUCAUCUGAAGAGGGAAACUUUAAAGCAGAACGUCUCAUAUUUGUGUUCUUUUUAUCAUCAUGACAAAGUUAUUGUUUGUUAUUUAUUACUGAUUUUUACUCAAGUGGCGUGUUUAGCCAUAAUGCAAUAGCAUCAUACUCAUUCUUUAUAGAUGGACAUCCUUAUGUUAUAACUUGAAUUUUUAUUUGUCCAUAAUCCUAUAUAAACUGUUCUGACUUGACUGUAUAUGUGUAUAAACUGCCCAUGGUAACCGAUAUUUCAAUGUGCCGAAUUAAUACUGUAUUAUGUUUACAAAAUUUGGUAUUGAGUAUUUAUGAUAUUCAGAUGUCGGGUCACAACUGCCAGAAUAGGCAGGUCGUUUAUUAUGAGUCAUUUGCUUUAUUUGCUCAUUCUCAUCAGGUAUAUUGUGCUAGUAUGUAAAUCUAAGCAUGUGUUAGGCUGUAGCGUACCAUCAGCUGACACAUAGGUAGGAGAACAGCGCUGUCUGUUCAUAGACUUCACUGGCUAGUCGCUUGUAUCAUCAGGGUCACAUAAUGGUCACAGUAUAAUAAAUACUUACAUUUGCUUAGUAUAGUGAUGGUUGUUCAAAUGAUAAAUCAGUCUAUAUUCCAAAGACGAACUGACAGCUAGACCCUGUUUUAGUUUGGCUGAGGCUUUGUACUAAUCUUUGUACUAAUGCUGUAGUAAUUUAGUCUUAAGCAAUAGGCUCACUGCUCAGUUAAUUCUGCAACGCUUUGCAUGAAAAAAAAACACAUACCCACAAAAUGCUGCACAAAUUCACACUGACACAAAAGCACACGCAUGCACAAGCAAAUGCACACAGCACAUUUAUGAUGUCUGCACAUAGAUGAGAGGUUCUGAGUGUAUUUAUUCCUAUAAUAAUACUGAUUUAUAUUUCUGUAGAAGAUGUUAAAAAGCUUGACGUAUAGGUUGUACAAAAAUAAAAACUCUUACCAACCA